AUGGGGAGCUCCCUUGGUUGUGUGAAACAACCCAGGGAUGCUGGACCAGGUGGUGCUGCACCACUAUCAACCAAAAGAAAACUUCGCUUUAGACGAAAACGAAAGGUCAAACAGAAGUUUAAAGGUGCCGAAGGGGAGGACAAGAGAAGCCACAUCCUUGAAGAGAAGGACAGUGGAAGCAUUGAAGUUACGGAGGAGUCUACGACAAGAGCCCCUGAUUCAACCAAAUUGGCAUCUGGACAAAUAACUACUGAAACUGAUACACCCACCAAUGUUGUCCUUGUUCCUGGUAUGGCCCCAAUAUUUGGAAGCACAGGGACAUUGCGUGGCAGCAAGAUGGCUAUUCUUUCCCCAGAUCCCAGUCCAGCCUGGCUGGGGGCACUUCGCCAGUUUGAGGUAGAGGGACUCUGCGAAGAAUCUCAUGCUGAAUUAGAGCAAGGCAACACAACACCUGGAGGAGGAAGAGUCUGUAAGGUUCGAGAGCGAGUUCAGGGGGUGUUAGAGAGACCCUGUCUUUUACGCUCCAAACGUGGUGACCUGGAAGUAGAGAAGGAAGGAGGGGAUGUGCAUGGGCAGAGUGAACUGAUGUUCAGUGAGCCCUCAGAAACUGAGAAGAAGGGAGUUGUUCACAUUCGUGAGUUUGAAGGGCAACUUUGUGUGGUCCGAACUGUCUAUCCAAGGGACUAUGGGUCGCCCGUCUGGCGUGACAAAGAACUUGAGGUCCAUUCUGGACCUCCAGCUGCAUCUCCUGUUACUGGAGGCAUUACGAAAAUACAAGUGUCCACAACUCAAGUGCGACCACCCGGAAAGAACGACUCUGCCAAACCAGCAACAGCUGCAGCUCGGGAAAAAAAAGGGGAAGAGUUCCUAUUUGACAACUCUGCUCAAGUAGCUGAAGGUUUUGGCCCCCCACCACAAGACCUUCAGUCUUCAGGUUAUGCUAGCGAUGUGCCUCUCACCUCGCCCGAGACGGGAGGUGCUGUUCAGACUGAUUGGGGGAGUUCCUCUGAUGUGCUUGAUUCUUCCGUGCUUGAGAGUCCCAUCUCCCCCCAAGAGAUACCGGCUCAACCCUCCACUCAGGUCAGAUUCUUUUCUCGUUGUCUUCCUAAAGCUCUUUUAUAUGGCUUUUGUAGAAUAAAAGGGUAG